AUAUAACCUUAAGAACCAUAAUGCUUCCACUUAGCUAUUCACGCGAGUUAAGAAAUAAGGACUUUAUUGGUUGUUUGCUAUCCAUAUUCGACUUUAAAUAUUUGGUAAUGAGAUAUAUGUAAACAACCUUAUCAUCCGUCGAGCUGGAUCCAUACAAGCAGGUUGUAAUGUGUAUUGAUCGUUGCUGUUGAUCUUAUCUCAUUAUACAUAAGACACGUACAUAGGCUGUGGACAAACGUGUAACACACCGCAAGGUAGCAUUAUGCAAUGGCGAACGAGUACUUUUCCGAGUUUUUCCGUUACAAAUCAGAUUACUUGUUCUGCGAGGAAGUGAAAGUUGACGACAUUCGUCAAAGUUUGGAAUCUUCAUGUUUCCCACCGAGCCCGUUCUUUUUGUACAGUCGAAAUCAAAUCCAAAAAAAUGUGAGACUUUAUCAGGAGGCUCUCAGCCAACGUGGAUAUACUUCUCAGCUCAAUUUCGCAGUCAAAGCAAACCCAAAUGUCGCCAUUUUGAAAGAAAUGAAGACACUAGGAUGUUCGUUAACUCUUGUCAGUGGAAUGGAGCUGAGGCUGGCCCUAAGUUUGAACUUUGACCCAAGAUUAUUAAUGCUCAAUGGGAAUGGAAAGGUUGAUUGGGAGGUUGAAAUGGCUGUGCGAGAGAAGGCUUUGCUGAACAUUGAUGGAAUGUUUAAUCUCGAGCAGACGAUACGGAUAUGUAGGAAUUUAAAAUGUACAGCAAGGGUUCUAGUAAGAAUCAAUACUAACAUGCAUAUGGAUGUACACGAAUACCUGAGGACGGGUGAACUGGGAUCAAAAUUUGGUACGCAAAUAGAUGAAAUGGACCACAUGCUGGAUGCCAUCAGAAAUGCUCCUGAAGUCGUGUUGGUAGGCCUGCACUGUCACAUCGGAUCAACCAUUCAAGAUGUAGACAUGUACAGAAAAACUGUGAAACUGAUGGUAGCGAAAUUCAAAGACUUGAAGACAAACGGGUUUUCAGAAAUGAAGUAUUUGAAUAUAGGUGGCGGAUUGGGAAUACCUUAUACAAAACACGCCGCGAGAACAACCAAAUGCUUGCAAUCCCCCAUAUGGAACACACUUAUAGAAAGUGACACAGUGGCAAAGCAACAAUUCAAAUCUGAAAGCUGUGGAGAUAUGUCACAAUAUAACUUCGAAGUGGAAUUGAAACGACUAGUAAAUGAUGGCAUUCUCACAGAAGCAAGGUGUUCAUCGCUUAUAUCUGAUGAAGGCCUAUCAUCAGAACAUCCGUCUCCUGUAGAUUUGGUGUCUUCGUUUUCGGACUUCAUUGCAGACGAUAUGGUUGUCAUCCUCGAGCCUGGAAGGUCACUCGUCGGCAACGCCGCCAUCCUUGUGACUUCUGUACUUGGCUGUAAGAACAAUGGAGAUAAAAACUUUAUCAUAACGGACGGUGGUAUGACGGAGGUGAUACGACCUUGUCUGUAUGGGGCCUACCACCACAUCGACCUCACAGAACCCACUAGAGAUUUGACGGGAAGACGACUUUAUGACGUAGUCGGACCAGUGUGUGAAUGUGGAGACUUUCUUGGAAAGGAUCGGUUCCUGAACACGCCUCACUCUGGAUGUGGACUUGCAGUGUUUGAUGUUGGCGCUUAUUGUUCAUCCCAAGCAUCAAACUAUAAUCUCCGUCUCCGGCCAGCGGAAGUGAUUGUUGACGGCCAGAAUUGGACAGUGGUCAGACGUCCAGACUGUUUUGAUGAUUUAGUGAGACCAUAUGCGGUGUGAGGACUCUGUGUCAGCAUUACUAAACACCGUCAUACUUUAUAUUGUAUUAAAAACAUUGUAUAAAUAAACAAAUUAUAACAAAACAAUGGUAAAGAUACAGAACAAUAUCUGAUGCCCAAACAUUUCAAUUGGAUGACAACAGAAUUUAACAGUUGAUGGCCAAACAUACAUCUCAAUAGGACGACAACAGAAUUUAAAAGUUGAUGGCCAAACAUCUCAAUUGGACGACAACAGAAUUUAACAGUUGAUGGCCAAACAUCUCAAUUGGACGACAACAGAAUUUAACAGUUGAUGGCCAAACAUCUCAAUUGGACGACAACAGAAUUUAACAGUUGAUGGCCAAACAUCUCAAUUGGACGACAACAGAAUUUAACAGUUCACAUAGUUUACUCGAAAUCAAAUCAAUACAGAUAUGAUGUAUAUGAUGACAUUUUUAAGGAUAAAAUAUGUAUACUGUAUGAGACAUUGAACGAAACUUAGUCUAUCUUGGACACAGGGGACAUUUGUAUUGCAGGCAACUUAGACCAUGUCGUAUUUAUUUGACAAUGUCGAUCAAUAUCGGUGACAUACUCCUACAUUGUUUACUGGUGAAUGGUUCUAGUAGAAUUAAACGUUUCAAACGACAUUUAUCCGGCAUCCCUGGAUAACACAUGUCGGUUUAAUGUC